AUGGGUGACUGUACAGAGGCUGUGGUGAAAAUACCUUUCGGAAACAAAUAUCUCGAUGCUAUUUUAUCCAUCCCUGGCAAGAUACUACCAUAUUCUGUGAUUCUUACUCACGGAGCAUCUGGCGAUAUGAAUUUUUCUCAUCUAAAAUCUUUAGCGAACUACCUUGCCUCUCAUGGACUUCUGUGCCUUAGGUUUACCUGCAAAGGCCUUAACCUCGCCUAUCGAACCAGAGCAUAUACAGCAGUUCUGGAAUAUUUAAGAUCUAGUGGCUAUAAACUUUCAGGUGUUUUUCUUGCAGGCCGUUCAAUGGGUUCCCGUGCCGCAGCCUCUGUGACUCGUCACGCUGAUCAAGGCAAUGACAGCUUCGUUCUCGGCCUGAUAUGCCUUUCUUAUCCACUUCACCGACCAAAGCUUCAGUCCGAACUUCGAGAUGAAGAUUUGUGUUUGAUCAAGUCCCCUGUGCUUUUUGUGUCAGGCGGCGCAGAUGAGAUGUGUGAUAAAACAUUGUUGGAAGAAGUUGCCAUCAAAAUGAAAGCACCUCAGAAAAUCCAUUGGAUUGAAAAUGCAAAUCAUAGCAUGGCUGCAAAAGGACGAACUACAGAAGAUGUCUUGUUGGAAAUAAACAUGCAGGUUUUGUCUUGGAUCAAAGAAGUCAUUUCAUAAGAACUGAUACUAUUACUACCUACUAUGCAGCAUCUGCCCAGUGACAGUCUGUAUAUGUGAGUGAUUAAUAACAGCUUUGAAUAGGAGUAAAAGCUUUCAGCAACCCAAAAAUGUAUUGAUGAAUAACCUGG